ACCAAACCGCCACAUAAGAGCAAGAAGAAAACGGAAGACGAGUUUUUUAUUCGGUCUUUGUUGUUUUGGUUUUUAGGGCACCUGGACAACAAAUCGCUUGGUCAUUUAUUUCCGUACGGGUAUUCGGCCUUACACAGACGCUUAGAGUUUCAUUCUUCCGAAUGGCUUGAGGUUGUGAGCGAAUAUAAGCGAUAAACUGAACGUUUUGAGCUUAGAAGUGGUAGUUAGCGCUGCGGGUUAGCGUUAGCGACCGUUAGCCUUGCUGCUGGCUAGCUAGAGUAAAGCCUGCGCUGUUAGCCGUUUGUUUAAGGUCGGCUUUAGCCUGUCGGUGGCUCUUCGUCGUAAAUAUCUGUCGCGAGAUGGAUGUCAAUUUAACAAUUUCUCUGAUGAGAGGGCAAAUGGGUGUUGUUAUUGAGAAGGCAGUGAACGCUGCGGUGGAGACUGUGCUGGGCGAGAUGAUCCGGGUUGUCAGUCUGAAAUUCGAGGAGUUCAGGAGGGAGAUGACGGCCAAAGAGAAGGAGAACGAGAACAUAAGGAAUAUGCUAGAGAUGUCUCGGUGUCAAAUGAAAACCAUGCGGAGAUAUUUGAACGCACUGACAGCUAGAGAAGACAGACAGGCUCUGCAAAAUCACCGACCCGUGCUCGUUCAGUUCGAGCCAGGCAGAGCACGAAAUGUUCACCAGGCGAGGGACGCGGUGCCCCCGAGAAGGUGCUCCGCCAGUAACGUGUCGCCCUGUAUUGAAGUUCAGAAUCCAGUUUCUAAACCUGCUCGUAUCGCAGAGCCCACAUGGGAGAAGCAGUUACCCGCCCCAACAGCUCAAAACGUGAUUCAAGAACCCGUCCCAGCCGAGAGCUACACAAAUUCUGAGAAUUACAGCGAGGAAAUGCAUAGGCCGAAACUGCACCUGGGACCUGUGAAAGCAGAGAACUCAAGUGCUGCAGUGAUAGAAAGUGAUGGUCUGGUGGCAGAAAGCAGUGAUCCUUUAUGGGGUCAGACACCUCCAGCACAUCAAGCUGCUUCAGAAGUGGAGCACACAGAAACAGUGGACCCCAGCCUUCCCCCUGUUGCUGAUAAUAGUGAGGUGUUUAACAUGGCCACGGCAGCCUGUGGAGAGUCUCCUUUCAAAAUCAAACAGGAGGAAGGAGAAGUUGAAAUUGUCCAGGUGAAGGAGGAGCGAGUGGAAGCUAUCAACUCUGAAUGUCCUAGGACAGAGCUUUGUCAGCAGGCAGCGGAAGCGGGACCAGGCAUCUCCCUAGACCUGCCACUGAGCCAACAGUGUCCCCAGAUUUCAUGUCCUUCGAUCACUGAACCAGGCUUCAUGGGUGUGGACCCAAGCACAUAUGCUGAGUCUCAACUGGCCAUGGCGAGUGGCCAGAGGCAGGUCCGUCCAUGGUGUAAGGACCUCAACCUGUAUGAGGAAUAUAAGCGCAAAAGGAUUGAAGUGCGUAAGCGCAGCGAGACGCGGAGGCGAGAACUGGAGCAGACGCUGCCUCAGGCUCUGCUGGCCGACCUGGUGAAGGAGCGCAGGGAGAAGACGCGCCUUCGAGUGGCCCGCUGGCGAGCCAAACGCAAGCUACAGGCCUGUCUGAUGUCACAGGCAGCGCAGUUAAAUGGAGCACCAGCACAGGGGCUGUUCAAUCAGCGCGGUAGUCGGAGGCGAGGAGGGGCAACCGCACAGCAGGGGGGCUUUACCCUGGGCAGACCUGGCACAUCCGAGACUGGAGCAUACACUCUGCCACUGCAGAUAGGACCCAGUCCUUUACUGACAGCACAGAGACUCGGUGUGGCUGAUGGUCAGCUACAGCCUGGAUCUGCUAUGUUCCCACAGCAUAGAACUCCCGCAGCUGGCUCUGAGAUGUUUCAGUGAUACUAGUGGCAGUCUAUUAUGAUCAGUUAGUGGUCUGUUAUGAUCAGGAAGUGUAAGGAGCUCAGGUAUGGUUUGGGGACUGUGACACAGAGUGACAAUUUAGUACACAGAGUUUGCAGUGUGCAAAAAGACAAGAGGAAUGGUGAUUGGAACUUAUUAUUGACAGGGGACACCUGUUUUUAGAAAACAUAUUUAACCAUCAUCCCACUGGAGUGAUGGGAGGUUUGAUGUUUAUGAUUACUGUACUUCACAGAGGCUAUUUCCAUUUCUCAUUUCAUCACCUGUCCAGAGACUAUCCAGGUAAAAUGUACCCACAUUCCUUUUACACUUACACAUAAAUAUGUUUGUGUUAGAUGUAUACAGAUCUAAUUUGCAUGAGUACUGUUCUUCACACAUUACAUGCAAAUCUAAGAAAUUGUCUUCUGGAAUCAUUUGAGAUCGCACCAGGCUGUUUGCAGCUUUCAUUUUUUCAAUAAUGUUUAAUUUCAGUAACACAAGACCUCCCUAUACAGUGUGAUGAGAUAGCAAUCUGUCUUCAAAGUGUCUUAGUAGCAUUUACACUUGACUUUUAUAGAUAGCUGUCUGAUCAGUCCAAGACACACAGAGCCUGCUAACGCCUUGUAUUAACAUGUGUUUAGUCUCCAGAUCAUAUCUGGAUAAACUUUGGCUGAAUUGCAUUUACACUUUUUAUUAAAAUUGACCAUUUUUUUUUUACUGAUUUUACUUUCUCCUCAUAAGAAGCCCAUUACCACAUGCAUUGUUUUGCAAUGUUGAUGCAAGUGCAUGUUGCAAGUGCGAGGUCUGAACAGACCCAUGAAGUGGCUAAUUGUAAAUGGGCUCCAUACUGUCUCUGUUGGGAAUUUAGCAUUCUCCUCCAAACAUGCUGACAUGUUUGCCGGUAAUGCAUGAGUAAAAGUUUAAGAUGCAGUUGCACACAGCACAGCUGCACCAGAGGAAACAUCUGUGACCCUCAAGCUGCUAGUACAACCAUAGCAAUAAAAUCAGAAAACGACAGGGACUGGAUCUGUUAAUAUUCAUUGACUGUUUUUGUUAUUGACUGUGUAUUUAAUAACAGCAGUAGACAUCAUCAGGCAACAUUGUCAGAAAAGAAAUGUAGAAUAGUGCGUUGUUUAAGAGAUCAUUUCGAAUAGUUUCCUUCAGAACAUUUUACUGAAAACACUAUAAAUGUCUCAUUCUUCAUAACAAAUGUCAAUUGCUGUGCUUCUUGAAUAUCUUUCAUUGAACUGAUACACAGGAAAAUGAUUAAUAAAAAAUGUUCCCA